AGGUCCCCCAGAUUGUUAUUAUUACAAAUCGCAUGAACAAACUGAAACACAACUAGAAAAUCUUCAGACAUGAACCAGUUGUUGGAUUCUCAUCUCGAAGCUUUAGCUUUUAACUAUGUAAGCUUUGGGAUUUUCACUAUUGUUAAUAAUCUAUGGACGUGGGUCGCUGUUAUCACUGCUGCGGUUAGUUUUUGGAGGAUUAGAGCCGCCGGCGCCGCUACCUCAUCAUGUUCCGUUAAAGGUCGUGAACAAAGACCUUCGACAUCCAUCGAUGCUCGACGACCAAUUCCCGAAGUUGAAGAAAAGCACCCGACGGCUUCAACUUCGGUUUCAGAUCCAGCCUCCGUUACGGAAACGAGUGUUUCGCCUUUAGUUUUCAAUGAUGGGGUGACGAAAGGAGGGAAGUCAAUGUUGACUGUUUAUUACGAGGAUGAUAUCGGAGGGGAGAAUGACGGUGACGUCGAUGGUGAAACGACGGGGAAGGAAUGGUGUGACGGUGGUGGGUAUUGCAAGGAAGGGGAGUGGUGGGAGAGUUGGGAAAGAGUGUUGAGGUUGAGGAAAGGGGAGAUGGGGUGGUACCGUUAUCAGGAUUUGUCGGCGAUAAACGGCAACGUUGUUAGGUUAUGGGAUGAAUCGUGUAGGAGAGGAAGGUACAGCUCAAGCUGUUCUGUAUGGUAGUUGAUGUUUUUUAAUUUAGAAUUAAGUUUUAGUUUGGUAAUAAUGGUUUUUUUCUUCAAGUAUUGUCUUAAUGACUUGCUUUUAUGGCUGUGCAAAUGUAAAUAUAUUUAUUGGUGGAAACAA